AUGAAUCGCCUGAUACGCGAAGGCUUCUCUCAGCGGACUACGACAACAACAAGCAUGAACGAAAGAUCAUCGCGGUCUCACUGCGUCUUCACGAUCUGUUUGCAUCACCACGAUCUCUCAGACAGCUCCAGGCCCCAGACGCCAGAGAUGUGUUGA